GGGAUCAUCCAAAAACGAUAUGAUAUUUCUUCAGAAAAAAAUUCUCUUGACCACUUUUUUUCAAGUCUUCUCACGUUAUCUGCAAAAAAAAAUAAAUAAAUCAGUCACGGGACGAGUCAUUGGCUAGGAAAAUGAGAAGACCCAGAUUAGAAGAUUUUUUUUUUUUCUUUGAAGAGUAUGAAUAUGAAGUUUUUGGCUCUAUGGAGGCAGGAGAGGCUGCAAUUAUCCAUUGCAGGACACACAUGGUGGUACUCCACUCGGAUGAUCACUGGACCCCACGUGGCACUUAUCCGCUAAGUCUCAAUGAGCAGAAAUUUGGAUAUUAAUCAAUAUCUAUAUCUAUAUAUUAUGUUGGAUAAUAUUCAGAGAACAGAAUGUGAAUCAAGAAGGGGAAAUAGCAGAGAAAAUCCCAUCAAAUCACUUUGAUGUGUUGAUCAAAAAAGGAAGGAAAUAUUCCAAUAAAAUCUGCUUUUCUUGAUGAUGAUUAUGGCACAUGGGCGGCACUCCAAGAAGUGCCGUCUUCUGUGGUAGCAUACAUUAUAUAUAUGUGUGUGUGUGCAUAUCUGCUUUCAGGACUUUCUGCAAAUACCUUAUGUGCAGCGACUUCUGUCUUCUUUCUUUCUGCUCUACUUGAUUUCUCUUCAAACUUUAUCUGCUUUUUUGAACUGGGUACCUCUUGGAAGAGGAUUCUGUUCAGUUUCUCCAUUACAGAUCCUGGUUUUUGAAACUGUGUAUCUUUUGAUAAUGGAAAGCAAGAGAAAAGCUGGUUCCUUUUCUUCUUCUUCUUCUUCUUCAUUCACAGCUGAUCUUUUUGGCACCAAGGAGCCACAACCAGCAUCUUCUGCAGGGAUAUUUGCCUCAAUUUUCCCUCCUCCUCAUACGUUUCAGUUGGCAGGGAGGAGCACCUCAAGCUCUGAUGGGAUUGGAUCAUGGAAAGAGCAGUCUUUUGGGAAUCAAGCUUGGAGCAACAAGCAGGGUACUCCAGCUCUGUGUAGCGAUGCUGCAAGAAGCUGUAACAUACCCAACAGAGAGAGGAGCCCUAUCUUUCAGGAAGAAAGAGUAGAACCGUGUCAUCUAAGUUCAUCUCUUUACUACGGUGGGCAAGACAUAUAUUCCCAGUCCCCAAGUACUCACACCUCAGGAUCAUACCCUAUAUUCAAGAAAGAUGGGGGAGAAGAUGAUGGUAAUGGAAACAAUUCCCCGGGUGCUUCUAGAGGAAACUGGUGGCAAGGUUCACUUUAUUAUUAGGACCUUCCCUUCCCUAGGCGUAUGAAUUCUCCAUCUAUUUUAUACGGAAUUCGUGAAGCCUAGGCGAUACCAACAAUUAUAACUAAUGGAAAGAGCUUACAAGAAAUCUUAUGUAAGCCUUUCCUGGAAAAGAACUCUGUAUAACGUGUUUUUUUUCUUUAACUGAUUAAGAAUAUUAAGAAUUUGCAUAACUUCUAAGAGGCUGCUAUGUAUCUUUUUUUUUUCUGUAAUUUUAAGUUUGUAUGGUCUUUGCUGUUAUAAAGACAAUGUGAAUGGUUUUAAGGUUUGAUAUUCAACUUUAAUGGCA